GGAAGGUUGGGGUUUUACAGAAGUUACCCACUCAUAUUAUUCAUCGCUGUACCCCCAUUUUCUCUCUCUAGGGUUUUAAUAGUGCCAUUGCAAGAGGAUUAAUCGAGACAUGGCUGGGACUGGAAUCCACCCAUUCCAUCAUCAAUGGCCGCCGGCAGCUGCCCCUCCGCCGGCUGCUGCGGCCGCCGUUCCGCCUCCUGCGGCGCAUCAUCUCCCUCCUUCCAUGACCAUGGAUAACUCCCGUCUCUCCACCGACGAGGUUAGGACGAUCUUUAUUUCUGGUCUUCCCGAGGAUGUGAAAGAGAGAGAACUACAGAACCUGCUGAGAUGGUUGCCAGGUUACGAAGCUUCGCAGGUUAACUUCAAAGGCGAACACCCCAUGGGUUUUGCCCUAUUCUCGACCCCUCAGCAUGCUAUUGCGGCCAAAGACGCUCUUCAGGAGAUGGUUUUUGAUGCAGAGUCGAAGUCGGUGUUGCACACCGAAAUGGCAAAGAAGAAUCUUUUUGUCAAAAGGGGAAUAGUAACAGACUCAAACGCUUAUGAUCAAAGUAAACGCCUGCGGACUGGGGGCGAUUAUACCCACACUGGUUAUACGAGUCCAUCUCCUUUUCACCCUCCCCCAGCACCUGUUUGGCAUGGGUAUAUGGCCCCAGCUCCUCCACCAUACGAUCCAUAUGCAGGUUAUCCUGUUCCUCCAGUGCCAAUGCCUGCUCCUGUUCCUGUGUCAGCACCAAGUAGUUAUGUACCUGUCCAGAAUAUUAAAGAUAACCCUCCUUGCAAUACUCUGUUUAUCGGUAAUCUUGGAGAGAACGUAAAUGAGGAAGAACUGAGGGGUCUUUUCAGUGCUCAACCUGGUUUUAAGCAGAUGAAGAUUUUGAGACAGGAAAGGCACACUGUUUGCUUCAUUGAGUUUGAAGAUGUCAACAGUGCCACCAACGUGCACCAUAGUUUGCAGGGUGCUGUUAUCCCAAGCUCUGGUUCUAUUGGAAUGCGAAUACAAUAUUCGAAGAACCCUUUUGGAAAAAGGAAGGAUUCUAACCACGCGGGUGCUGCUUUUGGUGCGAAUGGAGCUGCACAACCUCUGUCAUACCAGUAGCUGGAAGGGGAUGUACUCUGAUCUCUAUGCACUGACAAUACAAUCUACUACAUGAUAGGAUGCAUCAUGCAGCUGUUGCAUGCAUCCAUUCCAUCAUCAAGGCAUCCGCAUUAGCAUCUAUUCGCAUGUUAAUUAUUCUCUCAGUGGUUUCAUGAACAUAUUAUUGAACCAUGUUAUAGAUCUAUAUAUCCAUGGCAUACAUUUGAUGCGGCAUCUUAGAAUGCUUGGAUAUUUUAGUCAGGGUGCAGAAUUUUGUUGCAUACUAUGUAACUGGUGCAUGGUUGUAGUUUUGUUCGUAUUUGUAUGUUUUUCCAAUUUCCACCUCAUCUUGACCAUGACGUACAUCAAAGUUAGGAGUGCUUCUCAAAUAGACAUGUUGUUGAGUAUUGUUAUUUUCCCCCACUCA